AUAUUAUUAUUACUCCGUAAUUCCUACUCUCUCUCUCAUCUCUUCUCUCUCUAAACGAUUCAGAAAAUAAUUCGGAAAUUUCAGUUUUCCAAGAGCUAAAACCCUUGAUAAUUGCUAUGGUGUAAAAUCCACACAGCAGUUCUGAUUUCCUGACGCCGUUCAGUAAGCUGUGUUUUGCUCGCCUAAAUGAGCUUUAGAGACGGAGAAUUGUAGAGUUUUAAGAUAGAUUUACACACAAAAAAAUUCUAUCUUUUUUUGGGGGAAAUGCCAAGCAUUGGUGUGAAAUUGUACAGCGUCUUCUUCAAAUUUAUGCUCAAGCAUCGCUUACAGAGCCGAUUGCAGUCGCCGGAAAACGACGCUGUCGGUGGUGGUUCGUUUGGGGUGACGUCACGGCCGCAGGAGGAAACAGCCGCAGCCGCCAAUCCAUCCUUCACCGACGGCGUCGCGACAAAGGACAUACAUAUCGAUCCCGUGACAUCUCUCUCCGUUCGUGUUUUCCUUCCCGAUACCUGCCUUCAUCUCCCCGAAGCUCCGGCAAAAUCUCGGGUCGGAGCUCCGAAUCCUGGAUCCGAUUCGAAUCCAGUCUUAACUCGCCGCUUCAGCUAUGGAUCGUCGGAUAACGUUACUGUUUCCGGCAGCAAUGCUGUGGUUGUGAAGCGCGCGCAGAACAACUUUGCUGAUAGAAGGAGUAGCUACGGAUGCAGUAUCGACGAUGCGAAUUUAAAAUUCGAAAACGGAAAUGGAAAUUACAGAGGGUAUAAUCCGGUCGGUAAAAACCCCCGCAGAUUACCGGUGAUGCUGCAGUUUCACGGCGGAGGGUUUGUGAGUGGGAGUAAUGAUUCGGUGGCGAACGAUUUCUUCUGUAGAAGGAUUGCACGAUUAUGUGACGUGAUUGUGUUGGCGGUGGGUUAUAGAUUGGCCCCGGAGAAUAAAUACCCUGGGGCGUUCGAAGAUGGGUUGAAGGUGCUGCAUUGGCUUGCGAAGCAGUCGAAUUUGGCGGAGUGCGGCAAAUCUCUUGGGGGGUCGAGGGGGGCGGGGGUCGAUGUAAGGCGGUCAGAAGGUAAUUGGCAUGUUGCAGAUGCUUUUGGAGCGUCGAUGGUGGAGCCUUGGUUGGCUGCUCAUGGAGAUCCAUCUAGAUGUGUACUUCUUGGAGUUUCUUGUGGAGGAAAUAUCGCCGACUAUGUGGCAAGAAAAUCCGUAGAGGCAGGCAAGCUACUAGACCCCGUAAAAGUGGUGGCACAAGUUUUGAUGUACCCGUUUUUCAUCGGAAGUAUACCAACACCUUCAGAAAUAAAACUCGCAAACUCCUACUUCUACGACAAGGCCAUGUGCAUACUCGCAUGGAAACUCUUCCUGCCGGAGGAACAGUUCAACCUUGACCACCCUGCCGCCAACCCACUAGUCUCCGGCAGAGAGGGCCCACCUCUGAAGCAGAUGCCUCCGACACUGACUGUGGUGGCGGAACACGAUUGGAUGAGAGAUCGAGCGAUUGCCUACUCUGAGGCUCUCCGAAAGGUAAAUGUAGACGCACCUGUUUUAGAGUAUAAAGAUGCAGUUCAUGAAUUUGCUACUCUUGAUAUGCUUCUCAAGACUCCUUUAGCUCAGGCUUGUGCUGAAGAUAUUGCUAUUUGGGUGAAGAAACAUAUUUCUCUUCGAGGGCAUGAAUUUUCUUACUGAUUUUCCGGGAGGGUAUUUCGGGUAUUUUCUCUUCUUUUUUUCGUCUUUGUUUUCGUCUUUGUUGUAUGAUAGUUAGUUGCUUGUAUGAGAUUAGGAAUAUAGGUGAGCUUGAUCUGCAACUUUCUUGAAGAAGUCCAUUUAUAUUGACUUCUCAUGACCAAUGUAUUCAUACUGUUAUUACUUGAAUUACUUGAUCCAGAUUAUGUGUGUGUAUUUUUCAAUUGAUAAUGUUCUGGUGGACCAUUU